AUGUUUGUUUGCUGUCGUACUACUUCUGUCGGCUACUUUGAUCUGAUGUCAAUGACUCAGUCAGCAGUGUGCACUCUUACCAGUGUCAUUUUCUAUCAGCAGGCCCUGGAGCCUUUUGUUGCUAGUUGGUUUGGUUCACUUGCUCGUUUCAUUGGUGUCCGCGCUUCAAUUAGACGGAUAGAUGAAAUUCUCGGUCAUUUGAGCAAGAAUACUUUUGAUAGAACAUAUACCCGUUGGGUUUGGCAUGGGAAAAACUUUGAAGGAACUCGUACAAGUGAUUCUGGGAACGAUGUUCAUGAUGUUCAUGAAGGUCCUGAUGUUAAUGACAUCCCUAAUGCUAAUGAGGGUGAUAGGUUAGGAGACAUGAUACGUGCAGCUCAAGAUAAGUUCGCUGAAAAUCCUGCCACAUUUGAGGGGGUGUUAAAAGAUUCCGAAACACCCUUAUAUCCAGGUUGCAGCAAGUAUACAAGAUUAUCUAGUAUACUUAGAUUAUAUAAUGUGAAGGCAGGUCAUGGUUUAACGGAUCAAUGUUUUGAUGAAGUACUUGAAGUUUUCAAAGACAUGCUUCCUGAUGAUAAUGUCUUGGCAAGUGGUGCAUAUGAGGCUAAAAAGAUAUUGAUCCCGAUGGGCUUGCCAUACGAGAAAAUUCAUGCUUAUCCUAACGAUUGCGUACUCUAUCGAAAUGAGCGUGAAUCAUUAAAGAAUUGCCCAGUAUGCAAUGCCUCGCGAUACAAGGAGAAUGAAGGAGUGCCGAAGGUUUUGUGGUAUUUUCCCAUAGUUCCAAAAUUUAAACGUCUUUUUUCAAAUGCGGAUGAUGCACAAAAGUUGACAUGGAAUUUUUAUGGGCGGAACAAAGAUGGCUUAUUAAGACAUCCAGCUGACUCCCCGCAGUGGAGGUUUAUUAAUGGAAAAUACCCCGAGUUUCGUAAAGAAAAACGGAACCUACGCCUUGCACUUUCAACUGAUGGUAUGAAUCCAUUUGGUUCUCUUAGUAGCAUGCAUAGUACUUGGCCAGUGAUUUUGGUUACUUACAACCUACCACCUUCGUUGUGCAUGAAAAGAAAGUACAUGAUGCUUACAUUGUUAAUUUCCGGGCCAAAACAACCGGGAAAUGACAUUGAUGUGUACUUGGCUCCCCUCAUUGAUGAUUUGAAGAUAUUAUGGGAAAAAGGAGUCAAAGUUUUUGAUGCGCAUCAAAAUGAGACCUUUAAUCUGAGAGCAAUGUUGUUUUGCACCAUCCAAGAUUUUCCGGCAUAUGGUAAUGUUUCUGGGUAUACUGUGAAAGGGAAAACUGCUUGUCCCAUAUGUGAGGAUCGUAUGAAGGGAAAGUGGCUAAAGAAUUCUAAGAAGAUGGUUUACUUUGAUCAUCGUCCGUUUUUGCCCUGUGAUCAUCCAUACCGCAAGCAAAAAAAGGCUUUUAAUGGGAAACAAGAAUUCAAAAAAUGUCCAAAAGACUUGAGUGGGGAGGAGGUGUUUCAAAAGGUUAAGGACAUCCAGAUAACCUUUGGGAAGAAAUCUAGAGCAGGUAUUUCUAAGCAGGGGUACAAGAAAUGUUAUGACUUCUGGCGCUUACCCUAUUGGAAACGCUUAUUUGUCAGACAUUGUUUAGAUAUAAUGCAUAUUGAGAAGAAUAUGUGUGAUAGCUUGAUUGACACACUGUUGAAUGUUCCUGGGAAGACAAAAGACGGUGAAAAUGCUCGAUAUGACUUGAAGGAUAUGGGGAUUAGAAGUGAACUCCACGUUGUUGAGGGAAAACCCAAGAAAUACCUUCCUCCCGCAGCUUAUACAUUGUCACGAAAAGAGAAAAAAAGUGUUAUGUGA